AUUUGAAGCGCGCGUAAAAAUACUCAGACGACCAUGUCCGCCGCCACCUUCACCGCACCGGAAACGGUCCUAUCCCUGCUGGAUCGCUUCGGAACGGGCUUCCGGGACAAAGGGGGCGAUUUCUUCACCGAGGGCAACUUUUACCUGAAGAAGUUCGUGAAGUUGGGAGUCGUCAGCGACGUUAGCAAGUGUGACCCGGUGGAAAAGGAUGAAAUAAAAAUUGUCUGCAACGUUCCGGAUUGCCGGUACAGCUGCGCGUCCGUGCAGGACUACGAGUGCCACUACAACUCGCUGCACCGGUACUCCUGUGGGGAGUGCAAGAAGACGCUGCCGAAUGCGCACCUGCUGGAUCUGCAUUUGUCUGAAAGCCACGAUUCCUACUUUGCGGCUCAGGUGGCGGCUGGAAAGAGGCCGAUGUUUGCAUGCUUCCUGGAAGAAUGUCCUCACAAGAGUAAAGAACCGGCCGAACGUCGAGAUCACUGCAUCCGGGAGCACAAGUUUCCGCACGACUUCCGGUUCGAUAAGCAAGUUCACGCUCAGAAGAAGCAGCCGAAACAGCGGGCAGAUUCGGGAGAAAUGGAGGUAGAACCGGUUGUGGAGUCAAGCGUCGGGAAGAACACGAAAAACUUCAAUUUUGGUCACUCGAAGACCAGAUCGUUCAAAACGAAGAAAGGAUCGGAAAAGACUGAUAUUCUGGAGAGCAAUCGCAUGGUUGUGGAAUUGUUGGAAAGUCUUCCAAAUUAGUAGGUUAAGUCGGAUUGUGGAAUAAUUUAUUGUUGAAAUAAAUAAAUAAGUUAAUUGAAUUCUUUAUAAA